CCAAGAUAAGAGAGAAAGAGGGAGCCACAUAUUCCAAGGGAGAAGAGAAGAGAGAAGCUGGCCGCAGGAUUCGUUUUCCAGCAGAUAGGGUCUCUUGUUUGAUCCAUAACUUGAGCUUCACUCGUCCAAAUAAGGCGUAUGAUAUACCAAAAGAAAGCUCUCAAGACGAGGAAUCUGUGAAGGCCUGGUUUGCAGGAAUCGGAGUUGUGGAAGGCUUCCAAAUCGUCCGAGAAAAACGCAACCUCGCAGGAGAGGAUUUAAUCUUCUAAAGAAUCGAGUUAGCCGGAAAACACCCGUUCUAGGGGCUGUUUUCGUAUCAACGAUUAAGGGUUGAACUAGCACUUUGAGGAGGCUGUUUAACACUCAUAUUUGAGCAAGGAAUCAGUCCCAAAUCCACCUUGACCAAAGAUUUGACCAUUGGACCAAGAAGGGAAAGUUUAAAGCUCAAUUGAGGUUGAGGCUAGAGCUUGCUUCCUGUGCUCGUUGCUCGAGAGAUCAUCUAGGAGCGAAGACUUGGUUCGUGCUUCCUCCAUUCGGAUUUUAAACAUUAAUAAACAUGCUCAUGGAUAUUUUACUUUAGAGCCUGCGUGCUCAUGUUUGCCCUGUGUGGCCCUUUUGUUUUAAACAAUGUUUUCCGCUGCGUAUUGAAUUGUUUAUUAUGUAUGUUUAUGGAUGACUUAUGUGUGAAUGAUAUUCAUGACGCCUUGUAUAAUAUGAAUGUGUUGGACUGCGGUUGACUAUUCGUAUUGUACGGCGGGUUGUUGACGUGUCCGGGGAGGUCCGGGGCGUGACAAUUAAGUUGGUAUCAGAGCCUUAGUCCAUAAACUUCAUAAUGAAGUCUCAAAAUUCUCUUUUUGAAAAGAUUUUGAAAACCAUGAGCAAAGAAGUUUUGUACUUGGAGAGCUUUUGGUACUUGGGUUGCAAGGUCUCUAAUUGUUAAGAUGGUACCCUUAGCAAUUGGUAUGGCGGUGACUCGAGCCAAAAUGUGUCUUAAGUACCUAUCCGUCAAUUGACAUUUGAUACGAGUCUAACGACUCUUUCCAAAUUUCUUUCAGAAAUGGACCGUGGUGGCAGGAUUACUAGGAGAAACCCGACCGGCCGCGUACCAGUGGAGACUGGACAGGGCAGUCGAAGGACCUCUAGGGCAUCUAGAGGAGCUGGCCGUGGAGGCCGAUCACAGACCGUAAGUGACGGUCAUGUGGACACAGAAAGUGAAACCUACUGGUCCUAUGAGGACUCGACUUACCAACCGGAAACCGAGCCGGUUGAGACCCCUUACGAAGGGGAUGACGAUGAUGUAAGUGAUGAAGAGGGGGAGAAUGACUCCCUAGCAAGAAUUGAGGCGCUGCUCCAACAAUAUCAACGGGAGCGCGAGGAAAGGAGGCAACGCCGAAGACGCCGAGCGGGGCAACCUUCGGGCAUGGCUUCGAGAGGAGGAAGUCAUGGUGCAUCUAGAGUCCAUGUGGAACCACAUGGAGGCCAAAGUAAUGGAGGUCCAAUCAUAAGGAUCUCCAAAUACAUCAAAGAGGCACGAGACUUGGGGUGCAAACCGUUCGAUGGGACGGGUGACAUCUCCGUUUCGGCACAAUGGAUUAAGCGGCUGAAUGAGGCAGCCCUGGACAUGCAACUCACCCCCGAAUAUAAACUAAGGGUUGCGGUGAGAUUGCUUGAAGGUAUGGCAUCCAAGUGGUGGGAUGGGACCAAAGGCAAAUAUGGCGAGACCGUCACUUGGGAGAAUUUCCGACAGGAAUUCUUUGCCCAAUAUUACUCGGAUUUUGAGGUGAACAAGAAAGUGAGGGAAUACACCCUUCUAACCCAAGGGGGUAACAUGACGGUGAGGGAACUUGAGUACAAGUUCAGGGAUCUUGCCGAUUACAUACCUGAGUAUGCUUGUGACGAGAACCGGAUGGUGAACCACUUCUGGGAUGCUCUAGACUUGGAAAUACGUGACAGGGCAACACAAUUGCCUAACAUGACGUUUGCCCAAGUGGUUGACCAAGGGUUGAAAGGAGAGAAGCAAUGGGAAGAAAGGAAGAAGAGAGACGCCGAGGAGGCGAAAAAGAGAAAGUGGGAGAGUCAUGGCUCCCAAGGUUCCAACAAAAAGGGGAACCACGGAGGAGGAUCUUUCCGGGCACCACCGCCACCAUAUAGGGGGAACCAAGGCCCGAGUGGGCAAGGCGCGAGGUCACAAACCUCAGUGGUAGCUCGUUGCAACAAUUGCAAGAAGAACCACUCCGGUAAAUGUCGCGACCCCCCUAGAUGUUUUCAAUGCGGGGAUGCCGGGCAUUUGAAGGCACAUUGCCCACAAUUGAGUGGGGCAAGGACAUCGGGACCGAGUAGCGGUCCGACGGGUACACGAAAUCAAACGGGAGCUUCUCAAGCGAGCCGGGGACAUGGGGGAGCGAGUACGAGCAACGCACCAUCCGUGAAUCAAGGAAGAACUCAAGCUAGAGUUUAUGCGAUGACGGAGGCGGAUGCUCGAGCUAACCCGGACUCGGUUGCAGGUAUUGCCCCUUGCACAAUUGUAUUUUGCCCAUAUUUAAUCCAUAAAUUGAUGACAUAAGUCAUAGGGAUUGAGUGCGAGCCAUUACGGGGUCAAACGGCGAAUUUCGGGCCAAAACUGACCAAAAAAAAAAAAAAAGGGGACGCACGAUCGUGCGUCCAACCCCACGCACGAUCGUGCAUAGGGGGCAGGGGCUCCGGGUGAUUUUCGCGCAGGACGCACGACCGUGCGUGCCGGUACGCACGCCGUGCGUGGACGCACGAUCGUGCGUGUCCGGGUACGCACGACCGUGCGUAACCGGCAGUAGCCGGAGGCGAGCCUUUUCAUGCACGCACGACCGUGCGUGUCCCACGCACGACCGUGCGUGGACCCCAGCCGCCCGAAACCUAAGUUUUUCAUCUCGUUCUUCUACGAUUGGACCCCCGUUUGAUUCCGAACAUUUAUAUGAACCUAUUAACCUCCAAAAAGUGUCCUAAACCAUUAGAAAAGGUAUCUUACAUGGUGUAUAAAUGUAGGAACAUUAAAGAUUAAUGGGAAGGAUGCACGAAUCCUUAUCGAUACCGGAGCGCAACGUUCGUUCGUGAGUGAGGCAUUCGCCGAGGACUUAGGGGUACAAUCAACACCAAUGACGCACACAUUAGUGGUAUCGACACCACUAGGGGAUGACGUUGAAAGAACUAGUUACUAUCCAUCUUGUGAGGUGGAAAUUGAUGGCCAAACCUUGACGUGUGAUUUCGUACCGCUGAGUAUGAUGGAGUUCGAUGCAAUCCUAGGGAUGGAUUGGCUAGAAAAGCAUCAUGCUAGGGUAGAUUGCUACACGAAGGUUUUGGAACUCGAAGGCAAUAAUGGGGACACCCUACGCUUCGAGGGGGAUCGAGGCAAAUCAAACAGUUGUAUUAUCUCCGCCGUGAGAGCGAGAAGUAUGAUGAGAAAGGGAUGCCACGCAUAUCUAGCAUACGUGGUUGACAAAACCAAGGAGGAAACGAACAUUGACGACGUGAGGGUGGUUUGUAAGUACCCGGAUGUCUUCCCUAAAGACCUACCGGGGCUUCCACCUGAUAGGGAGAUUGAAUUUGUGAUCGAGGUCGAGCCUGGUACCAAACCAAUCUCCAUACCGCCAUACCGUAUGGCACCCGCUGAACUUAACGAGUUGAAAACCCAAUUGCAAGAGCUUUUGGAUAACGGUUUCAUUAGACCAAGCCACUCCCCGUGGGGAGCACCAGUUCUUUUUGUGAAAAAGAAAGAUGGGACACUUCGAAUGUGUAUUGACUAUCGUCAACUGAACAAGGUCACAAUCAAGAAUAGGUAUCCUUUGCCUAGAAUUGAUGACUUGUUUGACCAACUACGAGGGGCAACCGUGUUCUCGAAGAUUGACUUGAGGUCGGGGUACCAUCAAUUGAAGAUUAAGGAAGAUGACAUACCAAAGAGUGCUUUCCGCACAAGGUAUGGGCAUUUUGAGUUCCUUGUUAUGUCGUUUGGGCUAACAAACGCCCCGGCGGCAUUCAUGGACUUGAUGAACCGAGUAUUUCAUAAAUACUUGGACCGAUUCGUGAUUGUGUUCAUAGAUGACAUCUUGAUUUACUCAAAGAGUGAAGAAGAGCAUGAAGAGCACUUGAUACUUGUUCUUGAGACACUACGGGAGAAGCAACUUUAUGCCAAAUUUUCUAAAUGUGAAUUUUGGCUAAAGGAAAUCGGCUUUCUCGGGCACGUGGUUUCGGGAUCGGGAAUUGUUGUUGAUAACAAGAAGAUAGAAGCCAUUACUGAAUGGGAGAGGCCAAAGAACGUCAAGGAAAUUCGUAGUUUCCUUGGAUUGGCAGGCUACUACAGAAAGUUCGUGGAGAAGUUCUCUGUUUUGGCAUCGCCAUUGACGAAGCUCACCCGUAAAGGAGCUAAGUUUGUAUGGGAUGACAAAUGUGAGAAAGGGUUCAUGGAACUAAAGAAGAGAUUGACUGAGGCACCGGUACUUGCAUUACCCAAACAAGGUGUGGGGUACGAUGUCUAUAGCGAUGCGAGCAUCCAAGGGCUUGGAUGUGUACUGAUGCAGAAUGGGAGGGUAAUCGCCUAUGCUUCACGACAAUUGAAGAAGCAUGAGGUGAAUUAUCCUACUCACGAUUUGGAGCUGGGGGCAGUGGUGUUUGUACUGAAAAUAUGGAGACAUUAUCUCUACGGGGAGACAUGUCACAUAUACACUGAUCACAAGAGCUUGAAGUACGUGUUUACUCAGAAAGAGCUAAACAUGAGACAGAGACGGUGGAUGGAGCUGAUCAAAGACUACCAUCUAGUGAUAGAGUAUCACCCAGGCAAGGCGAACGUGGUGGCAGAUGCUUUGAGCCGGAAGAGCUCGUCUGGGGCAUUGCUAGCUAAUUUGAGGGCAUUAAGAGCCCAACUGGAGGUAUCCAGCGAUGGUGCCUUAUUGGCACGAUUCGAGGUGAGACCUACUUUACUUGAUGAGAUCAAGAAGGGUCAGGAAACCGACGAAGAAAUUAUGAAGAUCCGGGAGCGCAUGCAAGCGGGACCGGUGGAGGACUUCAGGGAAAGAGAUGAUGGUCUCUUGUUAUUUCGUGACCGAGUGUGUGUACCGUCAGAUGAUGAGCUCCGAAAGUCCAUCUUAGAGGAGGCUCAUUCAUCGGCUUAUGCCAUGCACCCUGGGGGCACGAAAAUGUACCGUGAUUUGAAAGAAAGUUACUGGUGGUCUGGAAUGAAGAGGGAGAUAGCCGAGUACAUCAGUCGAUGCCUUACUUGUCAACAAGUUAAGGCAGAACACCAGCAUCCGGCAGGCUUGUUACAACCACUUUCCAUUCCUGAAUGGAAGUGGGAACAUGUGACAAUGGAUUUCGUGGUAGGUUUACCACGGACAAUUCGGAACUAUGAUGCAGUUUGGGUUGUUGUGGAUAGGCUCACGAAGAGUGCACACUUCUUGCCUAUCAACACUACCUACCCACUUGAGAGGUUAGCCAAAUUGUAUACGGAUGAGAUCGUGAGGCUGCAUGGGGUCCCAGUGACCAUUGUAUCUGAUAGAGACCCACGAUUCACAUCACGUUUUUGGCCGAAAUUUCAGGAGUCUAUGGGAACGAGGCUGAAGUUCAGUACUGCUUUCCACCCACAGACGGAUGGGCAGUCUGAAAGAGUCAUACAGAUCUUAGAAGACAUGCUGAGGGCUUGUGCAUUGGAGUUUCAAGGAAGUUGGGACAACCACUUAGCACUCGUGGAGUUUGCCUAUAACAACAGUUAUCAGGCAAGCAUCGGCAUGCCUCCAUACGAGGCAUUGUAUGGGAGGAGGUGCCGUACACCGUUAUGCUGGGACGAGGUUGGCAUGGCCAAACUCGAGGGUACUGAGUUGGUGGAGGUCACCAAAUCAAAGGUGAAGUUGAUUCGAGAGAGACUCAAGGCGGCUCAGGAUAGACAAAAGAGUUAUGCAGAUAAGCGUCGAAGAACCUUAGAGUUUAAGGUUGAUGACGAGGUAUUCUUGAAAGUUUCUCCUUGGAAAGGGAUCAUUCGGUUCCAAACCCGAGGAAAACUUAACCCACGAUAUAUAGGUCCAUUCAGAAUUAUAGAGAGGAUUGGGGCCGUUGCAUAUCGUCUACAAUUGACUCCUGAGUUAGAGAAGAUACAUAAUGUGUUUCAUGUAUCCAUGCUUAAGAAGUACGUGCAUGAUCCCUCUCACGUAUUGGAGAAGCCACCUGUAGAGGUACGUGAGGAUUUGAACUACGCUGUUCAACCUAUCAAAGUCACCGAUAGAAAGGUGAAGAAGCUGAGGAGCAAAGAAGUCCCAAUGGUUAAAGUCCUGUGGAAGAGCGAUCGGGUCGAGGAAGAGACAUGGGAAACGGAGGCUUUGAUGAGGAAGCAGUAUGCUUUCCUAUUCGAGUAGAGCUGUGAAUUUCGGGGACGAAAUUCCUGUUAAGGGGGGGUGAACUUGUGACACCGCACCCGAACGUCCUUGAAAAUUCGAUUUAAAAAAAUUCAAAAGUGAUGUAUUGAAUUUCCGAUUUCAAAGCAAUGGAAGAAACGAUUAAUAUUUUACGAAGUACAUGAUUGAAUAUUGUAUUGUUCAAACCCGCAUUCUUUUGUAAUUUUCAUCAUGUAAAUUAUUGGGAUGAGCCUACACAUAUUGGAGAUCAAUAAUGUGAUUUAGGAAGUUGACUUGCUCUAAAUAAAUUGGAAUGAGUACAAAAAAAAAGACAUCUUUUGACAAAGAUAAAACAAUAGGACCCAUCUUCCCAUUUUUGGAAGUAUUGGUAGAUAUUUUGGACCCCAAAUUAAAUGGGAUCAUUUGGGAACCAUCCCACAUGACCUUGGUACCUGCAAAGACAAAGAAAAAUGGAUGAGACAACUAUGUGGGGCGGACUUUUGACUCAUGAGCUACAACAUUACAAAAAGGAAAUAAAAGAGGAGGUCCAUACCAUGUUUGAUUGCAAUCAAAUACCCCACCUUUCUUUUUGUGAACCACAUGCUCUCUUAGCAUGAUUGAGGCCUUCCUAAUACAUUUCCCCUACACCCCAUUCGAACUCCCAAGAUAAGAGAGAAAGAGGGAGCCACAUAUUCCAAGGGAGAAGAGAAGAGAGAAGCUGGCCGCAGGAUUCGUUUUCCAGCAGAUAGGGUCUCUUGUUUGAUCCAUAACUUGAGCUUCACUCGUCCAAAUAAGGCGUAUGAUAUACCAAAAGAAAGCUCUCAAGACGAGGAAUCUGUGAAGGCCUGGUUUGCAGGAAUCGGAGUUGUGGAAGGCUUCCAAAUCGUCCGAGAAAAACGCAACCUCGCAGGAGAGGAUUUAAUCUUCUAAAGAAUCGAGUUAGCCGGAAAACACCCGUUCUAGGGGCUGUUUUCGUAUCAACGAUUAAGGGUUGAACUAGCACUUUGAGGAGGCUGUUUAACACUCAUAUUUGAGCAAGGAAUCAGUCCCAAAUCCACCUUGACCAAAGAUUUGACCAUUGGACCAAGAAGGGAAAGUUUAAAGCUCAAUUGAGGUUGAGGCUAGAGCUUGCUUCCUGUGCUCGUUGCUCGAGAGAUCAUCUAGGAGCGAAGACUUGGUUCGUGCUUCCUCCAUUCGGAUUUUAAACAUUAAUAAACAUGCUCAUGGAUAUUUUACUUUAGAGCCUGCGUGCUCAUGUUUGCCCUGUGUGGCCCUUUUGUUUUAAACAAUGUUUUCCGCUGCGUAUUGAAUUGUUUAUUAUGUAUGUUUAUGGAUGACUUAUGUGUGAAUGAUAUUCAUGACGCCUUGUAUAAUAUGAAUGUGUUGGACUGCGGUUGACUAUUCGUAUUGUACGGCGGGUUGUUGACGUGUCCGGGGAGGUCCGGGGCGUGACAGCUUCUCUGCAGAUGGUGAAUUCGAGGUUGGGCAAGAGUUUGAUGAUAAGAAACUACUGAUCAACAUGGUUAGAGCGUACUCUGUAAAGAGGAACCAAUUUUUCUCAGUUGUAGAGUCUGACAAACACAAAUGGGUGGCAGAGUGUAAGAGGAGAAAAGAUCGAAUGUGGCCGCACUUGGCGGAUCCGGGCUACUAAGAAACAUGAGAAGCUAGAGAUGUUCAAAGUUGUUUGUUAUGCAAGUCCUCAUAUACCUACUUGUGUAGGUAACAUCGAUAACAAUGACCAUGCUGGUAUCACAACUCAGUUCAUAGCCCGUGAAAUUAUUGAUCUUCUUCGUACCGAUCCAUCACUAAAAGUCCGCACUAUUAGUCACCUUAUGAAGGAAAGGUACGGCUAUAUACCUUCGUACAAGCGAAGUUGGUUGGCUAAGCAAAAAGCUAUCGGCGAAAUAUUUGGAGAUUGGGAGGCCUCGUAUUCUGAAUUGCCUCAUUUCAUGUUGGCAUUACAACAUUCCAAUCCAGGGACAGUCGUGCAUUGGUACCCACCUCUUUCAGGUACCACUGAUGUUCAGCAAUUUCAAAGAGUUUUUUGGUCAUUUAAGCCAUCCAUUAAGGGCUUUAAACAUUGUCGUCCGUUACUGACCAUCGAUGGAACACACUUAUAUGGGAAGUAUACAGGUACGAUGUUGGUGGCAAUGGGUAGUGAUGCUAACAAUCAACUGUUCCCUUUGGCGUUUGCUAUCUGUGAAUCAGAGAAUAGAGAAAGUUGGUCGUGGUUUAUGGCGUGCAUACGCCAUUCAAUCACACGCAGAGAAUUGUGUGUUAUUUCAGAUCGACAUGUUGGAAUUAUGAAGGCAUUUAAUGAGGUAGGGAGUGGAUGAGAGGAGCCAGAUGCACGACACAGGCUUUGCAUACGGCAUGUCGCUUCUAAUCUGCAUACUCAAUUUAAAGACAUUCACUUGAAGAAUCUGUUCGUUUGGACAGCCAGUCAACGUCAAAAGAAGAAAUUUGAUGGUGGAUUCAACAAGAUAGGCGAAAUGCAUGCACAGGCACGAGAAUAUCUAGCGAACAUUGGCUUGGAGAAGUGGUCUUUACACCACGACGGGGGAUACAGGUAUGGCACCUCAACAACGAACAUGGCUGAAGUUUUCAAUAGCGUCAUGAAAAGUGCACGAUACAUGCCUGUAACCGCCUUAGUUGAGUUAUCAUUCUAUCGUGUGAAUGCCUAUUUUGUGGAAAGAAGAGAAACUAGUAAGAGAAGAUUAGCAGAAGGGCAUCGCUACUGCCAGCAAGUGACCGAACUGAUUGAGAAAAAUACGGAAAAAGCAAAGCAUCACAAGGUCACAAUAUUUGACAUAGGCCGUGGUUUAUACCAAAUGGAGACGGGUCGUGGUGGUCGAACCGUGGGGAAGGGUGGUAAAAAACAAACGGUGAAUUUGCACCGUCGCCAUUGCACAUGUCAGAAGCUGAAUAUUUAUAAGAUUCCUUGCUCACAUAUAUUAGCGGUAUGCAGAGACCGUAGUUUGUCCUAUGAUCCAUUUGCAGAUAUAUAUUUUUCAUCAUCGGAGUAUGUUGCUUCCUAUAAAAGAGUAUUUAAGCCCAUACCAGAUAUAAUGUAUCGACCUACUUACACUGGCCCACGAGUUGUGCAUGACCCGUCGAUGAUUCGCGCUAAAGGUCGUCUGAAGGCUAAACGAUUGAGAAAUAAAAUGGAUGAAGGCCCUACAGGUACUGUGAGAUGCAGUAAAUGCAAGCAAACAGGGCAUAACAGGACGACAUGUGCUAGAAGAUCGGAGGGACACGUAGGGAGUUCCACUGGGUGUCAGUGGAUCCCGGACCGAUUGAUCCUUCAGUCCUGACAUUGCAGGCCACGCACCGGAACGAGGAUGUGUGGCGUGGCCUGGAUGUUCAGGUAGAUAGGUGUCGUGAGCACCUACGCAGUAUAUUCCACACGGGGGUGGACGAUAGGAUUCUACAUUACGUUCGAUUAGCUGGGUUUUAUGGUGUUCACAGAUUAGUUUCGACUCUGCAUAUAGAUAGAGCAUUACUUACCGCUCUACUUGAGCGUUGGAGGCAGGAGACUCACACAUUCCAUUUACCGGUGGGUGAGGUCACGAUCACAUUACGAGAUGUGGCUGUAUUGGCAGGUCUACCGAUCGAGGGUCGGGCGAGUACUGGGACUGCAUGUAGACUGCGGGUUGAUUUGGUACACAGAUUGUUGGGAGUAUGGCCACACCUUGGGACAGAUAUUUGGGGGUCCGCCUUGAGGAUGGCUUGGUUGAGAGAGCAUUUUGUUGGUUUACCUGCUCAUGUUGAUGACUAUGUUGUGCAGUAGUACGCGAGAGCCUACAUUCUAAUGCUUAUGGGAGCUUCCACGUUUGCGGACAAGAGCGGGAAUGAGGUGCAGGUCUUGUAUUUACCCAUUCUGGAGUCUUUUGAUGUAGCUGCAGUUUAUAGCUGGGGUAGUGCGACUUUAGCAUACCUAUAUCGGCAGUUAUGUCGAGGUUGCCAUCGUGACGGUGGAGAAAUGUGUGGGUUUUUAUUGCUCAUACAGCUAUGGUCAUGGGAGCACAUUCAUAUCGGCAGACCUGUCAUACUGCGAUAUCAUGGGGUAGAUGGUGGUCCUCUUGAUGAUGAUAUGGAUCAGCACGCUGUACUUGAGCCACAUCAUGUUCGUGGCGAGUAUCCUUUGGGUCGUAGAUGGCUAUUUGCUCAUGUCACGCGCACGUCAUCUGCUGCUGGAUUAGGACACUACCGAGAUGCUUUAGAUCACUUAUGUGAUGAUCAGAUGACGUGGAUGCCGUACACUGAUGAGAUUCUAGGGCUGUUGCCUCCUGUUGCCCGAGAGCACACUGAGAUAUGGCGAGCACGUGUGUCCUUGAUAUGUUUUAAUGUAGUGGAGCAUCACUUUCCUGAUCGCGUACUACGCCAGUUCGGGUUGCAGCAGGUUACUCCCGGACCUUGUGAUACAUCUGUGGAUUUGCACAAAAUUGAUAGACGGGGGAAGCACACUGAAGAUUGGGGGAUGCGCCAUAUUCAGUAUAUCACUGUGUGGGAUGAGAGAGCGGCGUAUAUAGUGGACGGGAUCCCGUCAUUAGUCCCCACGGCUUCAGUAGACCACAUGAGAUGGUAUUACACCAUCACACGGGUGUUUAUCUCUCCCAGUUUUCGUUUACCCACUGAUCAUUACCAGCCUAGCUCAGUCGCUCUUCAUAUGACGACACGGGCUUUGCGUAACAUCCUUGACAGAGCGACUGCUAUACUUGAUGAGGUGGUAGAUGUACAGGGAUACCAUGACGCUUAUUCAGGCAUUGUUUCACUGUGCGCUGAUGUAUUGGGUCGAGUGGAUUAUGGAUAUAUGGCCACCUCUCAGCAUUCCACCGCAUCUACAUCCGCAGCAGGGUCUUCUCAGGCAGUCCGACGUGAUAGAGUUGUUCUUCAACCUCGUAACCAGCGCAGGCGUCCCCGAGCAUAGCCACAUGAACUUCAUGAUGAUGAUGAUCACGUUGACUUAUGAUCUUUGUAUUUAAAUUAUUGUGUGAAAGUUGUAGCAUGCACUGGCAGAUCAAAUCAUUUUGUGAAACACCAGAUUUAUUAUAACUUUUAUGGUUUAUACUCAAUUUUGUGGUGC